ACUACGGAAGGUGACUUGUAUUCCAGACCAUUAUUCAAAACAAAAACAGAAUGCAAUACUGCAUUAUUUUUGUUUGUACAAAAAUUCGAUGAUUUAUCCACGAUUAACUCGUUUUAAGACUCGGCACCUUUAAUGUUGAAAGAACUAUAUAUCACGGAACCAAGUUGCAGCUAGCACACGAUGCUAAAACACUCGCUACUGGUUAUAAUUUUAGGACAAAGCACACGUUUUGCACUUUGCAGCUCAUUAACACCGCGAUGAUGGAAGUAUCUCGUGUCGUAAUCCUUUUGGCGUUGUGGUACUGAUUUUAUCUCCCUUUUUUGCACUUGGACAGACCAAAGUUAAUGUUAUCAGAGGAGUACACGGCUUCACUUGUCAAUAAUGUGGAUGCAUGUGACACUCUUCCUGCUGUGCGCCAACGCUGGAGGAUGCACAGACAUGUUCAACACAUCAGGGGUGCUGCUUGAAUUCACGGCUGUGGACUUUUAUGAAAAAAUGCAUUCUGGGAAAACGGUCUUUAUCUACUUUGAGAAUCAAGUGUCUCCAACCAUCUCUCUCUUCUUGGGGGAACUGAAAGAGUCUGCAGAUGUUUUGAAAGACUAUGGAAUACUAGUGGGCAAGAUAAACUGCAAAAGGGAGACGGUGCCCUCAUACUGUAUGAAAGAAACGGUGCACAAUAGUGCUUUUCUUUUCAGGGGUGGUAAGGAGUUCUUGAGCUUUGAUUUGGACACUGUGUUUGAUGUCAACUCCAUUGUCUCUGAAGUCCUGUUUGCCAUUUUACGAGAUGAGGUCAAGUACGUGCAUUCAGACGCUGACCUCUUAGUCUUGGAGAAGUCAGUCAGAGGGAAGAAGGAUAUUGUGCUGGGUUAUGUCAGCAGUUUAGGCACGCAAGAGCACAGAUCAGUAAUGGAGACAGCUUAUGUGUAUGGAUCCAAAUACCAGUUUAUCCUCAUUACUGGAGGCCCUGUAUUGAAACGCUUAGGUGUUCAUAGAGCAUCCCUGUUGUCUCGAGUGUGGUUCCUCCACUGCAGGACUUCCCACACUGAUCGCUGUCCUUUGACACCUAUGAGGACACCACUCUCCACACUCGGCAUGCACACCUUCUUGCAACUCAUGGAGGCUCCACUUUUGUCAGAAGUAUACGAUGACCCCUCCGCUGUUCCGAAGCCUCAAUUUCCCUACCAACAAACUCCACAGGUCUUUCUGUUCUCACAUUCAGAAACAGAGCAUCUGGAUCGAGACACGGCCAACGCUCUGGCCUGGAAGAUCCGUGGCGUCGCCCUGCUGAUGCUUGUACAUAGGAAGAGUCCUACAGUGAAAACUCCUGUUGAAUAUAAUGCUGCUUACAGGCUGCCGGACAAGGGAUCUGAUGUCAAGUAUUUGACAUUGGAAAACUUGGAUGAGCUCUUGGAGCUUUUUCUCCAACAAGAGGGAGAUGAAAUGGAAGAUGAGGAGUUGGAAGCAGAGGAGUGUAAUAUCAAUGAGGCAGUAUCUAAUGGGGAAUUGGAUGACGAAAUUGCGGCAUCUCUUUAUGUGAACCGUGGCCACGAGAUGCAGAUGGACUCCAUCACCCAACUGACGUCUGAUGAUUUCCCUGACGCAGUAGCUCAAAGUGGCCUCACAGUGGUGCUUUUCUACCUCAAAUGGGACGCCGUUUCAAUGGCCCUCCUUAGCUCCUUUACAGAAGUGGGAGAGUGGUUUGCAGAUGCUGACAUCGCUGAUGUUCACAUGAGCGCAGUGGAUUGUGGGGAAUGGACGGACCUGUGUGCUGCUCAACCAGUCGGAUUUCUACCAAUCUCCUUCAAGCCAAUCACUGCCUUCCCAAGUAUCCUGCUGUUUCGCCCUCAGGAGCCCAUUCAAGAGUAUAGGGGAAUGUUGGGAUGUGAGCCGCUGCAUCGCUUCAUUUUGUUGAGCCGUCCGGCCACUCCCCAGCUACUGUCUAAUCAGCAGGAUGUGACAUCAUUUCUUCAUGGGGUGCCUCAUCCUGAGCUAACGGACUACAACCCUGACAGAAUGGUCGGCCUGUUUAGGACUCAAAUACAUUCAGGUGUGCCAGUGUUUAAUGAAGCUGCAAAGUCGCUGCGAGGCAGGGUGCUUAGCGCCCUGCUGACAGAUGUGUUGGCACAGGAAUGGGCUGCUGACCUCUCUGUCAACCUCCCUGCAGUUUUAGUGUUUCCAUCUUGGAGGGUGCACACUCAGCCCUCCGUGUUGUCCCUGUUCUCCUCUGUGGAUCACUUGCUAUCUGAGAUUGAUGCCGCACUGCUGCAUGUUUUGCCUGAGUUGACAGUGGAAAACCUGCCAUCCUACCUCAGCCUUGGAAAAGCCCUUCUCCUGCUGUUUGUUGGAGAAGAAGAAGAUGAAAUCGGGCUGAGGCAGAACAAGAUGCUGCUGGAGGAGAUGAGAGGAGUUGUGCAAUUAGGAGGAAAGCGGAUUGAGCGAUAUUUGACCUGUUGGAUCCACCUUGGUCGUACUCCAGCUGGAAUGUCAGUCUUGGGCUCAUACCUGGGUACAAUGCCCCCCCUCCCAGCACUGGUUCUCACUCAUUUGCCAUCUAGACAUGAAGUUUACGAGUACCCACACAACACACCCAUCGUGGCUCAGUCUGUCUUGCAAUGGCUGCAGAGGGUGGAGGAAGCCAGAGAAUCUCCUGCAGGGAUGUUAGGAAAAGAUGACUGGCCUCCGUCAGUGGAGUUCUAUGACUUUCUGAAAAUCAUGGACGAGGAGGAGCCUGGUUUUGCUAAGCAACGCGUACCUGAAAGGGAGAGCGAAGAUGUAAAGGUGGACCAGGCAAAGUUGAACAGGGAAGAAGCAACAACCGAUUCGUCUUACCACCCACUUCAUCACUCAGAGUUAUGACGAGUGCUGUCAGCAUUGCUGCAGAGAUCGAAGAGGUGGGGGGUCAGCCUGUUAGUGCUCAGAUACUACACCGCACUGUACAUCAAAUUGGUGUGCAUUGCUGUCACACCAGGAGGAAGCCUCUUCUGAAGACGGUACACAAGAAAGCCCGCCCGUCUCUUCACACCAUAAGACAUGGUUCCAGUAAUCCAUGUGCUUUGUUGACAUGUCUUCAGCAAACUGUUUGCGGGCUUUCAGAAUGCGAGGAGUGUACUCACUUUUGUGACACACUGUACAUACAUACUGCAUAUUAUAUGUCACCCUAAAAAUAUAUAUAAAGCAGUAUAGAAGACUGACAUUUUCCUUUUCUUUUUUUUUUUUUGUGGCAGCAAGUACGUAUGUUGUUUGAAUUUUUGUGAACAAUGAUCACAGUCAUUUAGUUAUGGCCCAUGUGUCCACAAUUUCGCAAUUUUACAGGUUUAAGUAACUUAGUAUGCACCAAUAUGGUUUUAUUAUUUUUGACAGAUUUGACGUUAAAACAGUUUUAAACGAAUUUCUUUUCAAUGAUGUCAGAGUUCAGCUCAUUUGUUGAUGCUCGAGUUCUGAGAGUGUUGAGAGUUGGAUGGGAACACGUAAACUCUUAAGACAUUUUUAAGAAACGCGUACGCAAUCUAAUAAGGUCAAAUUUACGAGCUACAUCGAAAAUUCUGCUAUUACGCUCACUUUUCCUUAACUCUGUCGCAGAGGUAUUUAUGUGACAGUGUGUUUAUUAUCGGAGAGAGUAACCACUGCCCUCAGUCUGUCUCCUGAAGGAUUUUUCCAUUGACUUCUGUUUUCUGCCAUUUGGGUAGCAAACUAUUUGCUUUGGAUUUUGUUAGAAGAAUGCAAUUAAAUCCAGAGCUGUGUUGUUCAGAAAACAAAGUAGUUUAUGUGUGAUGUGUCUGAACUUUUUGUUUGUUGUCUAAGGAAAUGCUGCAAUCAAUUCGUAGAUAUUGUGUAUGUAUAUAUGUAUAUAUAUUUACAUACCUUUUGUACAUAUCCAUCCAUCCGUCUUCAACCGCUUAUCCGAAGUCGGGUCGCGGGGGCAGCAACUAACUUGCAACUGCUUUAAUGUAUUUAGUAAAUAACGGGCUGCCUGUAACAGGAAUAGAUACCCAAAUGCAUUUGACGUAUGUUGUCAAGUACUGUGAAUGAAAUAUUUAUUAUGGGAUGGAGAGUUCUACCAAGAAUGUGUGUGAAUGACAAAUAAAUCUGUUAACAUGAUAAAGGAUACAGUACUUUAAAUUUGAAAAGGCCUGACAUCAGCAGUAUAUUGUCUCUUAAAUACAGCUUUCUUUUUUCCUUGGAAGUUGUGGUCUCCUGUUUUGUUUUUUUAUUUAUUUUAUUUUUAUUUUGUUUUUUUUAGUAUCAUUUAGCCUAUUUUUUUUCCCGGUAUCAC